AUGUCCCUUUGGACUCAGGAGGGCGAAGACGCAGUGUGGUCCCACCCAAUUGAUGUCCAUUACGCAUGUCGGGGGCUUAGCGGAUGGCCCAAAGUCCACUUCCAGGUUUGGCAUCAAGACAUACAUGGACGGAACGAUAUAAUACAUCAGAGUCCCCCGGAGCGGCAGUCGAAGUGUAUUUCGGUUGAGACGGCUAACCGUGCGCCUAGCUCACACCUCUUCAAUUUGUAUGCAGCAUUCUUCAUUGGUGGGGGCCCUCGUUUAAAAGUUGAAGAAACGGUGUACAAUUGCGGUGAUCGAUUCAGAUUGCAAACACGGGCUGCUGGCACCGUACACAUACAAACUUUGCACGCCAUGGUAUACGAUACCGGUGAGACUGGAACUUCGUGCAAGAGUAGGCAUGACCCUGAAUCGAGCUGCGCAUGUUGUAUGACUUGA